GAGCUGCGUGUCGCACGUUGAUGACUCAUAGGUGUUUGCCAUCUCGCUCCCUUACCCUCUAUUGUUUGAGGUUCUGGUGAAGGGAUUGACAGACACCGCAUGUAGCACCGGAAUUGCCCAUGUUGUGGAAUAACAUUGACAUAGGGUAAAGGUGUGUGCAGGCACCACCCAUAAAUGCAGGAGCAGGAUGUGAUGGCACAGGCCUAGCUGUUCCCAUUUUUUGUCCAGCUUUGUGUUUGCGAGUAGGGAGGGACCCCCUCCUGCUCCAAGGACAAGAGAUGUUUGAAGCCAAACCCCGGGCGGUGGAGAAGAAAGAGUCGAGCACAGAGACAGAUGAGGGGCUGGGCAGCAGUGGGAAGCACUAUGGCUCGGGCUCACUGGGCUCUGGCUCGGCCGGCUCCGUCUACCUGUCAGACAGCCAGGACUGGGUGAUCUCCCCAAGCUGCUCUCCAGACGAUGGCCCAGGCCAACACAGUGCCAUCUCCCCCGUGCUGGCCGAGGAGACUUUCCGCUACAUGACAUAUCUUGCUUUGGAGCCCUCUUCUUAUUCCCACCCUGGCUCUCAGAGCCUCUCCAAAGUCCUCAGUGCUGAUCGCGUGGAACAAAUGACCAAGACCUACAAUGACAUGGACGUGGUCACACAACUUUUGGCUGAGCGGGACAGAGACUUGGAGCUGGCAGCUCGAAUCGGUCAGUCGCUUCUGCAGAGAAACCAUCUGCUGCAGGAACGCAACGAGGCCAUAGAGGAGCAGCUCGCACAGGCCCUGGACCAGGUUCACCAGCUACAGCAUGAGCUCAGUAAGAAGGAUGAGUUGCUGCGGAUGGUGGCCAGCGCCUCGGAGGAGAGCGAGACCGACUCGAGUGUUUCCACGCCGCUAAGGCAGCCUCUCCCACCAGGGGGAACCACCGCCGCGGCAGCACUCAGCCAGCUGGAGUCUCUGCAGAGCAAGCUGCAGGAGCUGGAGGAGGAGAACGUGGCACUGAGGUCUGAGGCACGUCAGCUGAAGCAUGACACCAUCACCUAUGAGGAGAAGGAGCAGCAGCUAGUGAGCGACUGCGUGAAGGAGCUCCGCGAGUCCAACAGCCAGAUGUUGUCCCUGACAGAUGAGCUGUCUCAGAAGAACGAGGAGCUGCUCAGACACCAGGAGGAGAUCGCUCAGCUGCUCUCUCAGAUAGUGGAGCUGCAGCACCGAGUGAAGGAGCUGGCUCUGGAGAAAGAGGAGCUGAGGAUCCACCUGCAGGCCUCUAAAGACGCUCAGAGGCAGCUCACAGCAGAGCUGAACGAGCUGGCGGACAGGAAUGCUGAGUGUGUAGAGAUGCUCCAUGAAUCCCAGGAGGAGAUCAAAGAUCUCCGCAAUAAAAACACUCCCUCUGCUGGGAUGCGAAGGCACCUUUCCUACGGCCUCUACCCCAUGGACUCUCUGGCUGCAGAAAUCGAGGGCACCAUGAGGAGAGAACUGAGUGUAGAGGAAUCGACCGCCUUUCAGGACCAAAGAAUAUCCCAUAAGCGAGUCUUCCAAACAGUCCGUGCCAUCAACGCCUCAGCAUCACGAGCAGCUUCAGCCACCCCUCCUAUCCCCGGCUCAGGGCACAGCUCUCUAGUGAUGACUGCACAGCCCUUCCAGUCCAGUCAGGGGGAGGAGGUGCAACUGGGCCAACCUGGCUGUCCAGGAGGAAACGACCUGACCAGGGCCCUCCAUCGCCUCUCGCUGCGACGACAGAACUUCCUGAGCGAGCGUCACUUCUUCCAGGCGGAGCGCGAGAGGAAACUGCAGACGCUGGCUGACGAGGAGGCCAGCGAGUGCAGCUCGCCCAUGGGCAGCCACCUCUCCUCUUUCACCAACCUGUCGGAGCUCUCCUUCAGCUCCAGCGUUUUCAAAACCUUCCUGCCCGAGAAGCUCCAGAUCGUCAAGCCCAUGGAAGGCUCACUGACACUCCAUCACUGGCAGCAGCUGGCCAAACCACACCUUGCCACCAUCUUGGACCCCCACCCUGGGGUGGUGACCAAAGGUUUUUGCCCGUUGGCUCAGGAUGCUGUCUACCGCCUAUCUGACAUGGAGGAGGAUGAGGAGGAUGGAGAGCACAGUGGCAUUGGUGUCCUGGAGAAGGGUGCUGCAGAGCAGGGCAAGGAAGAGGAGGAUGAGGAAGAGGAGGAAGGUGGGAUCACCUUCAAAGUGCGCUUUUCGUCUACGCCAGAGGAGAGGAAAGACAGGAAGAAUUCGGUGCCCCCUGUCCCUGUCCCGCCCCUCUCGUGCGCCCUGCCGACAUUACCCGCAACACUUGCCACUUCCUCCACGGUCACAUCAACCCUAUGCCUGACCCCCACAACACAUCACGUCACUGAGAAGUGCAGCCUAUCAUCUCAACCCAUUCCAGGAGUAAGCACAACAAUGAUCCAAGGUCUGAUUUGCAGCUCGACAUCAACAACAGCAUCUUCCUCCGUCCAAAAUCCAGGAAAAUGUCAGAGCUCCACUUUCUCCACCUACACCUUCACGACCUGUCGCAUCAUGCACCCCAGUGACAUCACACAGGUUACCGCAAGUUCUCAGUCGUCGCUCUUGGCCAACACACCCAGUUCCAUGAGGACAGGUCCCAGUACCCCCUUGACUCCUUGCAGACUGAGUGUGGGUGACUCCUUUCCCCCUCAACGUCCCCCUGCGCCACCUAGUGGCCUGACUAGGCUGGUCCUUGAGAGAGGCAUUUCUGCUCAAGUUUCCACUGACACCCCCCCUUCAUCCCCGAAGCCCACACUUCGGCAGCCCCUGUUCCGCCUCCUCCCAAGCACACCUCCUAACUCCCCCUCUCAUUCCCCUCCUCCAUCCCCAGUGCCCAAGGAGUCCCGCCAGCACCCAACAAUUGACAAUUUCCUAGCCUCGCGGCCGGCCGAGCUUUUUCUCCAGGAUGUUUACGGGUUGAAUUUGGGCCGUGCGCCACAUCCCGACCUGCCGAGCUCUUCCCAAGAAACCCCAGCGCUUGUCCCAUCCCCUAAGCCAGGCACAACCAGACCAGAACCACUUAACGUCGGCCUAAUGGAGAGGCUGCGGCGGCUGGGAUUCACCAAGGUGCUCCAGGGUGCAGAAUCUGAAGCUUCAGUGCCACGCCAAGAUUCUGCUACUUUUGUGUCAGCAGGCGGAGGAAGCCUAUUAGACGGCCUGAGGCGCAACCAGAGCCUCCCAGCCAUGAUUGGUGCCCGAGCAGGAAAGUCAUCCUCUAACCCAACACCUCCUCCUCACCCCACCUCCUUGGCCCUCCCCCCGCCACCCUGGGGAAACCUCAAAGAACGUCGUCGACAUCUUGCCUCUGUCUCCCAUGUCCCGUCAAGUUUGGCCAAACACUAAGGGGAGGUGAUGUUUGGGCACACAGUCCAGAAGAUGAACCCCUCCUUUUACACCUCCAUCCUCUUCUUCCUCCCCUCAUCUCUCCUCCUUUCUGCCUUUGGAGAGAGGAGUCAGGGCAUCUGUUGGGCAGAACAAUCCCUCCCUUUUCUGACUUUUAAAGCACAAUUAAACUAAACUGACUGUUUUUAGUGAUACCGCAGUGUCUGCGCUUGUUGAUGUUUGCCAUGAUGCGAGAUAUCAAGGCCUUAGCUUGCGUCUGAGUGGGUUAUUCAGCUCCUGCUACCUUCUCAGCUGUGUAUGAAUCUUAAUUAGGUUAUGUAGUUUUCCUGUGGAGCUCUGGAUGUUCAGGUACAGGCAGAGGGGGUGAUGGAAGGACAGUGUGUAAGUGAACAAAGGUUUGAGGAUGUGGAUUAGAAAAGAACAAGAGUUCAGAUGAAGGCAUGGAAGGAAGGGAGAGUGUGGUCUUAGCAUGUUUAUUCUUAUCAGAAGAGGAAGUAAGUGAAAGGCAAAGAGCGAAGGUCUGAGCAUCCAGAAUCUGUUUCAAGGGCUUGCGUAGUGGGUUGGAAAAGCUUUAGUCUGUAGUAGAACAGUAUCAUCUGUAAAUCUAAACUUUUACAGUCAGAAGAGAAGGGAUUCAAAAUGCUUUCAUCACUGACUAGAAGACUUUAAGUGCUAGCUGGAUUGACAACGUACUGCCAGGCUAAUUUUGUAGUCCGACCAGGCUGUUAACAUGCCAGUAUUAAUAUUCUAAUGAUUUUACAGUAGUCCAUUGUUGCACGGUUGUCUGGUGACAUCCAUGUGCCGUGUCCCCUUCUCCCGCCUCUUGCAAGCGUCUGCAUGACUCAAAGCGACCUUGCCCACGGGUCCCAGCAUGCACCUGUCGGCAGACUGGUGGGGCCAGGCUGAAGGCGAGGUCCGAACCACAUCAGACGCCAGACAAAUGGGAAAAAAAAAAAAAAAAGAGAGAAAAGGCUGCCUUUUCCUUCAGGUCCUUGUGUUUUGUGUGUUUUUAUUGGUAUGAGGCCUUACGUAGAAGCCAGCACUGUUAUGACUUGUGUUCCUGUGAAGCCACGUUUGUAUAUAUGAGUUGCACUCAGUGGGAUUUGGAGGUUGACUUUGCGUGUUCAUUCGAGGAUCACUUCUUCAUUGGAAACAUUUCACCACGGCCUUGGGAGCAAAUUUUAUUCGUUUUCGGCCACCACCCUUUAUCUCAGGCUCGUGGGAUGUUCAGGUUCAAUUUGUUGAGAGGGAAACAACCAUUGACACGUUUUUUGAGUCGUGUAUUACAUCCAGGUUUAUUAUAGGUGGUGGUUUUUUAUGUGGUUAAAAUAUAUCUUGGGGUUAUCUCAAGUUCACACACUGGCCAGCAGGUAGGAGUGUUCCUGUAGGAGAACAUAUCAACGUUCAUCCUGCGUACCACUUUGUAAUGUGUUAUUUAGAUACGAGGAAGCGUGAAGCCGUGUGCUCGAUCCCUUUGACCUGCUGCUGCCCCUAACAUUCAUUAGUCCAACCAGACCCUCCCGCUCAUUCACUGCACUUUUACUUUUUUUUUUUUACGUAACCUUUGUUUUACUGACGUCAGUAUUUGAAGUUAGAUUCCAACAUAUUAAUGAGAAAUUUUGGCGUAACACGUGUCUCUUGUAACACUGUCGGCUAACACCUUGAGAUUUUAAUAUUUGUCGCAGUAUUUUUUGUUAUGCUUUUUUUUGCUUUCCACGUGUAGAGGCCCAAAGGGAAUUGAGCCAAAACUUUUAUUUUGAAGAAGUUGAAUACUCUGGCUAACAUGUAUGUGAUGCAUUUUGUGUUAAUAAGCUAUAAUAUAUUUAACUAAGGAAGAAGAGCUUCAGUUUAUUGUUAUAUGUGUCCGUAGGACUGGGAGGAGAUGCAAGAAGGCACAUCCAGACUUCUCAUAUCUUUAGAUUUGUUGUAGUUGUCAUAUCCUCUUUUUCCCCAGGAAACAAGAGGUUCUGGUUUGUGUCUUUCUUUGACUAAAAUUUAAAAUGUUCUGUGAUUACUCCAUGCCUCCCCUCUAAGCUCAUGAUCCUCUGUAAACUGCUCAUGGCUAUUAUUCUGUUGCCUCUUUUUUAAAAUAAAGCAAAGGAAACAAAGUGUCUGAA